CAUGCCGUUAGUAGACACGCUGUCUAUACAGUAAUUGCCGUAUCUAAAAAUCGCAUAAAAUCGAUGUGUAAGCAGGACGAGGACGUCAUUGCGCAAGCGGGUCACGGCCAGGGCUGCAGCAGCCAAUGAGCAGCUCCGGCGCCAAGGCUGUGAGGUAAGGUGGUCCUUCCCGGAAGCAUCGAAUAGGCGGAGGCUAAGACAGUCGACUUAUCGCCAACCUCCCACAUUAUUACUUGCUUGCCUGUCUGCAUCACAUUACACAGCCCGGCCAGCCCUGAGGACGCACAAUCAGCAGGCUCCAGCAAUUGAAUACAUCUUACUCCCAUCCCCGACACCACACUCCUCUCUUUUAUCACUUACACUGCGUCUUCACCGGUUUUUGCACCUCGGCUGCUCUUGACCAAGUUGUGUGUAAUGGCUCCUCCUCCGCCCGCGACCCUACCCUUGGCCGACAGGGUCAAGGCCCUGGCCCAAACAUUACAGUUUGGCUGGUUUGUCGGACACCUGACUCUCCUUUUAACUGUCUUCCGAUAUGGCCUGUCCUACAUCACUUUCAACUAUUACUCUCGCUGGGCCAAGAUCUCUUAUCGCCUCGCUUUUAUAUCCGCGGCGGCGACCUAUGGAAUUGUUGUCUACAAGCAGUACAUUGCCAGAGGAAAGUUGACAGGCUCUCCACUCCAGAUUGCCGUCAAAUUGCUCGGUGAUGAGAAUGUGCAGUAUCUGGGCAUGGCCCUCGUCUGGCUCUACUCUCGUCAGAUCCCUCUAGCACUAUUGCCAUUCAGCGUGUAUUCUGUCUUUCACGUUGCCACAUACACCCGAACUUACCUGCUGCCUACCUUGCAGCCGAGCCCGCCGGCCACCGCCGCCGGUUCCGCUUCUCCUGGCUCUCCUCGUCCCGGCACGAAGCAGUCUCCGCUAGCAGAAAACAUUGGAAAGUUUGUAAAGCAAUACUACGAUGCUAGCAUGUACCUCGUCGCGACAUUGGAGCUAGGACUUCUCUUCCGACUUGUCCUCUCUGCGUUUACCUUCUCGAAGGGAAGCUGGGUUUUGCUUGUUAUCUACUUGGGUUUCUUCCGUGCUCGCUACUCCCAGAGCUCUUUCGUGCAGAGCGCUGUCGCCCGGUUCACUGCCCGUGUCGAUACCCUCGUCUCCCACCAAAGCACGCCUCCCCAGAUUCGUCAAGGCUGGGACUCGUUCAAGGGAAUUAUCGGUCAGGCAUACGAAUCUACCGACGUGAAACGCUACCUUGGUGGUGCCGCCGGUCCUUCGGCUGCGGGCAAGAAGCCGCAGUAAAUUAGCCCGUUUUGACAAGAGGUUGACAGCUCCGGUCAAGAUGUUUGCAACAGUCGUUGCACACAAGCACAACCUCCUGCGACCUUCUAACGCAUGACGAUUAUAUGUAACGGGGUACGGCUUCCGGUUUUAUAGCUGUGU